AUGUGCGCAGAAGACGUUGAGAAGCUCGUGAAUGACCGACUUCGAGACUUGAAGACCGGAGGAAACUUUGAGGAUUCACUACGUAAGGAGAUGGACCAGGCUGACGACGCGCUAAUGUGCAAGGUAUUUACGAUAACCUUGCGAGGAGCAGCCCAAGACUGGUUCCACACCCUACCAUCCAGGUCGAUCAGCAGCUUCAAGGAGCUAGCUUACGUCUUCACCAAAGAAUACACCUCUUACCGGACAAUCAAGAAGAACCCUGACCACAUGUACAACCUGCGCAAGAAGUCUGACGAAUCCCUUCGAGAUUACAUCAAGAGAUUCAAGGCAGAAAAGGUGAACAUUGUAGGAUGUGACAACCGAAUCGCGUCCUCCGCUUUCAAGAAAGGUCUUCUAGCUGAGCACGACUUGUACUGCGAGCUGACUAUCACUCCCAGCCAGACUCUGGCAGAGGUCUACGCGACUGCGGAACGCUACGCGCUCUGGGAUGACGAUCGAAUCGCCACAAAGAAGUCUACAAAGCAGGGAGAUCCGGACAAGAGGGACACUAGCAAAUACUGUGCCUUCCAUGGAACGCACGGACACACUACGAACAACUACUUCGCUUGGAAAGCGCAUCUUGAAGAACUCGUGAGAGAAGGCCACUGCACUGAAUUCGUUGCAAAGCAGGCCAUCCAACGGAUUGAAGAUCGAGACACCGCCAAGGAGCCGCCUCAGAAGGUCAUAAGGAUUAACACAAUCCUAGCCGACUCCGAGGAGUCUGGGCUGACCAACAAGGAAAAGAAGAGGAAGAUCAAACAGGCCACUGUGAUCUCCCAAGUCUCGACCGACCUUCCACUAGCAGGAGACGAUCCUAUGAUCGGCUUCCAAAAGAAAGAUCUGAUCGGCCUCGACACGCCGCAUAACGACGCCCUUGUCAUCAGCAUUCAAAUCGCUCAGGCCAUGGUCGACCGAAUUCAUGCAGAUGAGGGCAGCGCAGCCAAUAUCCUACAGCUGGCGGUCAUCCAACAGAUGGGCUUGGAGACAAAGAUCAACAAGUUAGCUAGAUCGCUGACUGGCUUUAAUGGUGCAACAACGAUUACCGUGGGCACGAUAGACCUCGACGUUUACUUCCCACCUGUGAUCAGCUUGCAAACAUUCAUGGUCAUUAAUGAGGUCUCACCCUACAACGGCAUCCUGGGCAGACCAUGGAUUGGCAAGAUCAAUGCCAUCACCUCCGCCACACAUCAGAAAAUUCGGUACCCAAUCCCUGGGGGUGGUGUCGGCUAA